UUAGGCGGCGCGGGGCAGCCGGCAUGGAGCUCGCGGAGGCGCGGCAGGGCCCGGCGCGCGGCGGCCCGGCGUCCGUGGCAGCCCCGGUUCCGUCCAGCCGCCACUCCUUGCUCGGUAGCCCCAGUGCCUAGACGCCUCUUCCCCGCGCGUGCCUCUCUCCCCAUGGAUUCCUUUCAGACCGAACAGAUGCUGAGCUUACCCGCCGAGGUCGGCAGCAGCAACUUAGAGCUGGCGGAACCGGAGGAGCGGGCAGCAUCAGCGGCCCGCGUAGACAGCGGUCCCAACCCGGAGCCGGCUACCGAGGGCCCCGCAUCUCUACCGACGCGGGAGCCAGAGCCGGAGCCGUCUCCGAGGACCUCGACGCCGGAGUGCAAAGUCCUGCUCAAGCAGGCCGACGCCUUGGCGUCCGUGGGACGCCUCCGGGAAGCCCUCGAGGUGUACAGACAGCUUUCGGAGCGGCAGCAGCUGGUGGCCGAGCAGCUGGAACAGCUGGUGCGCUGCCUGGCUGAGAACGUCCGGCAAGAUGAGGUGCUGGCGCCGGCGCCGGCACCGGCACCCUCGGAACCCAGCAGCGCGGUGGCGGUGGAAGAGGCAGGGGCGGCAGCGGCUGCGGCCACCGAAGUGUGGGACGGCUUCAAGUGCCGGAAGUGUCACGGAUUUCUUUCGGACCCCGUGUCCUUGUCGUGCGGCCACACCUUUUGUAAACUCUGCCUGGAACGUGGGCGGGCAGCCGACCGGCGCUGUGCGCUGUGCGGGGUCAAGCUCUCCGCGUUGAUGGUGGCCACUGGGCGGGCGCGCGGGGCCAGGCGGGCUGGGCAGCAGGCACCGCCGCCUCUGCGGGUCAACGUCGUGCUCAGCGGCCUGCUCGGCAAGUUGUUCCCGGGCCCGGCGCGGGCGUCGCAACUCCGGCACGAGGGCAACCGGCUGUACCGCGAGCGCCAGGUGGAGGCGGCGCUGCUCAAGUACAAUGAGGCAGUUAGGCUAGCUCCAAAUGACCACUUGCUUUAUAGCAACCGAUCUCAAAUUUAUUUCACCUUGGAGUCUCAUGAAGAUGCAUUGCAUGAUGCAGAAAUAGCAUGUAAACUCCGCCCAAUGGGUUUUAAGGCACACUUCAGAAAAGCGCAAGCCUUGGCUACUCUAGGCAAAGUGGAGGAAGCACUAAGGGAGUUUCUCUAUUGUGUGUCCCUGGAUGGCAAGAACAAAAGAGCAAGAUUGGAAGCUCAAAGGCUUCUCCUUAGUUUCUUUUCACCAUCAGUCCCGGGGGAUUCUCAGGAACAUUCUCCUGAUAUCCUGAAGCUGUUGGCACCUCACCCUAGAUUAAAGGAACACGUAGAGUCAAUGGCUACUGAAGGCACCAGCCAUAAUCUACCAAAGUUGUCACAGGAAUGUCCAGAGCUCCCGCAUUGCUCUAGUAGGGAAGAAGCAGCAGCCUGGGGAGAUGGCAGCAGCCUGAUGAAGCCAGCUAAAUUAAGGGCAGACAGUCAACAAGGCGACAUGCAAGGUGAGGAAGAAGAAGGGAAGGAGGAGCGAGAUGCUGCCUCCCCAGAAGCUGCCUCCGUCAAGACUGGCAAAUGCCAGGAAAAGAAAAGGAAACAUUGCCAAAUUGAACCCCAAGAAGACACGGAGGUGCCUAAUAAAGCCUCCAAGCAAGAUCCUCCUGCUGAUCAGGGGCCCAAACCUGCUUUCAAUAUUCCGCUUGCAUCUUUUGACGCCUCUGACCUUGAAUGCUCCCUGUGUAUGAGAUUAUUCUAUGAGCCAGUCACAACACCUUGUGGGCAUACCUUUUGCUUAAAAUGCCUUGAAAGAUGCCUAGAUCACAAUGCCAAGUGUCCGUUGUGCAAAGAUGGCCUUGCACAGUGCUUGGCAUCAAGAAAAUACAGCAAAAAUGUAAUAAUGGAAGAGCUUAUAGCUAAAUUCCUGCCAGAAGAACUCAAGGAACGAAGGAGGCUUUAUGAAGAAGAAAUGGAAGAACUUUCCAACUUAAAUAAGAACGUGCCUAUUUUCGUGUGUACUAUGGCCUAUCCCACUGUUCCUUGUCCCCUGCACAUCUUUGAGCCUUGUUACCGCCUGAUGAUUCGUAGAUGCAUUGAGACAGGCACGAGACAGUUUGGCAUGUGCCUUGGAGAUCCUGUUAAAGGGUUUGCAGAAUAUGGAUGCAUUCUAGAGAUCAGAAAUGUUCAAUUCUUUGCUGAUGGCCGCUCAGUGGUCGACAGCAUAGGCAAGAGACGCUUCAAGGUGCUGCAUCAGGGCCAGCGGGAUGGCUACAACACAGCUGACAUCGAAUACAUUGAAGACCAAAAGGUUCAGGGAGAAGAUUGUGCUGAGCUCCUAGGAUUACAUAACUGUGUGUAUGAGCAAGCGUCAUCAUGGUUUCAUUCGCUCAAAUCAUCUCUGAAGAAUCGGAUACUCAGUCACUUUGGCCCAAUGCCAGAGAAAGAUGCUGAUCCUCAGAUUAACCCGAAUGGUCCAGCCUGGUGCUGGUGGACAUUAGCCGUUCUUCCCUUGGAAAGCCGAGCUCAGCUCCCGUUCCUAGCAAUGAGGUCCUUAAAGGAUAGACUGAACGGUAUUCGGCGAGUCCUGGCCUUUAUAUCCCGAAACCAAAACUAGUAAGAGUGGAUGGCGAAGAGGAGCUCCCACCCUCCCCACUGCCCUGGGGGUGGGGUGCUUCUUGUAAAUAUGUCUAACCGCAAUAACAUCUUAACAGAAGGAGGUAUCCAACAGAGGCAUUAUCCUGCUUUUGAUCUCAGAACAAGAUGAAGUCAAAAGACCGAAAGAAUGUGACCCGUUUAAAACUUUCUGUCCUAAGAUGCUUCUUGACAAUGCUGCACAAUCACAUAAACAGCAGAGAGGUUUAAGAGCCCAGAAAAAAAAUCGAUUUUCACAUAAAAUCUUCAGAAAAUUUAAAGUGAUUUUUGCUUUAAUUUCAUUUUUUUCCUAGAUGAUUGUGUUUGAAAUGUGAAGCAAAGAUACUAAUAAUGUUGCUGCAUGAUGUCACUGACUUGAGGUCUCAUUCCAAAUGGUUCAGGUUUUAUAGAGCAUUGUGUAAAAUAAUGUCCAUACUUCUUUCUGUUUUAAUAAUUUAUUUUUUGCACUACUGUACCCUUUUUUUCUACAUGUAUGUCUGUAACUAUUUAAGUGUACAUUACUGAAAAGUCAGUUGCUUUAUUUAUUCAUGUGGUUUACCAUGAGUCCUAGGGGGAAGUAACAAUAUUAGAAAUGUGCAAUUUCUUGCUUUAGUUAUUUUUUACUAUAUUAAUCCCCUUCUGUAUCUAUCCAAUUGGAUAUUGAUAUUAAGUUCGGAGUGAUGCCAAGAUCAUCUCCCUUCACAUAGUCUCCUUUUUUGCUUCAAUUUGAAUUAAACAAAACAAAAUACUUGAGAGAUUUGUCAUAAAUGAUGGCCUAUGCCAAGGUAAAGUAAAAUAAUCCACUUUCUGCAUGUAAUACAGAACAGGGCUGAAAGAACUAUUUUUCUAGAAUUAAGAUAUGAAUCAGAGUAGUGUCCUUUAUUAGGAUCUCUUAUGGGCAUUGUAUUUCAGCAAUAGAAUUAGACCUGUCUCUCAUCUCUUCUCACUGCAGUUAGGAAUGUGAUUUUAGGUGCAAUAGUAUUUAACCCUGAGAAGGAAUGGCUUCCAACUUGGCAUAUCAUAGCCAUGUCUCCCCCUACCCCCAUCCCUGCCCACACACACACACACACACACACACACCUCUAUACCCGGUUCUGAUCAAGAGCUGGACUAGCAUGUGUGAAAACAUUUGAUGAAGGAUUAUUUGUUAUCAAAAGUAUGAAGAAGCCAGAUAGGUUAUAACUCAAACUCUUUUUAAGGGAACCAAACAAUUCAUCCAUAAUCUUAUCUAAACAUUUUUUUUUUCUCCUAAUUGCAAUGGACCAAAUAUCUGAAUAUUGCAGGAGAAUAUUUGUAACUUGCUUGGCGCUACUUUGGUUCCUUGGGUAUCAGGAGAACUUGAAAGUACCCUGAGUAUGGGAGUGUUAUAAUAACAGAGUUGAAAGACUAGGGCAGGGAAGAAGUGAAUUGUACCAUUUUUACCUGCCUGCAAAUUAUCCCCCCAUGUGGUUUCGGACACCUACAAUGUUACUUGCUCACAGCCCAUUCAUUCUGUUAAGGUGAGAGGGGAAUGUUUCUGGCAGUCUGACUUCCAUCACUACCUGUGGCCAAAAGCAGGCAAAGGAGAGUGAGAUGAGCCAGACUGAGCAGGUGAAGCAUGGAAGUAAAUGGAGGUAUAGGCCUAGUUGCUGUGCGAGCAAACUCCAGAAGACUCUGGGAGCAAGAAAUUAAAAGCUCCCCCUCCCACCUGGUGGCUGACUGUGUGGUCAUAGCACGGCACUGUAUGGUAGUGUCCUUAUUAUCUUAUGUAAAUGCAACAAAGAAAAGGAUCAGAAGCUUCUCCACUUGCUAGGUGUGUUACUUUGGGGAAAUGAUUUCGCUUUUCCUGAGCCCCAGUUUCUUCAUCUAGAGAACAGUAAUGAUAAAUGAAUGCUGUCUGUAGAAUUGUUAGGCACCUUACAUGGGAUAUGUGCAAAUCACUUAGCACAGUGUCUUGCACAUAGGAGACAUUCAACAGAUAACAGUUGUUACAAGAGUAUAGUUUAAGAACAUCAUCACUGCCUUUACACACAGAACGCUCUUGGAAUCGCUUUAAACUUGCUCAGCAGAGUCCAUACCAAUGAUUUUUUAGAUUGUAGCUUGGUGAUUUACAGGUAAAUCCAUUUGGGGUUAAGUCUGUUUGGGAAGGUGAAAAUAGUGGAGAAAAAAAAUCAGGGUUAGAGGUUGGGGCUUAUCCUAUGCCAACAACCUUUUCCUCAUUUCACUAAAGGCUAAAAAGUAGUGUUGCUGUGGGGUCUAGAAUUUCUGAUAGAAUGGAAGCCUUAAGUUCUAGUUCUAUUCACAUAACUAACCCAGCGGUCCUUGCUCAUCCAAAUUAAUGGAGAAUCUUGCCUGUGCCUGGGUGGUUGGACUUUAUAAUGUGUGACUUUCAUGUUUAGUUCUUGGAACAGAUUCAACAAAAAUGUAUUGAGAAGCUACCAUGUGCAAGGUACUGAAUCAUGCAACCACUAGCUGAGUGAAUUCAUGUAUUUCUCAUAUCCACCUUGUGACAGCAGUUAUUAGCGCCAUAUUGUGGCUGAGAAAACUUGAGGCUCUGCAAUGUUGGCUACUUCACCCAAGUAACAGAACCAGCCAGUAAAUGGCCAAGCUUAAUUUUGAACCCAUUUUUUAAAAUUUUAAAUAGUUUGUGUUACAUACAUUUUGUUAAACAGGCUUGGCAAUCAAAUCCCAAAAGCACCUCAGAAGGUCACAAAGGGAAGUCAUGGCUUAAGUAAAGUUAAUGUACUCAGCAUAUCUCUUAUUUCCUCUGAGUGUGAUUUCUUAAAAUCCCACAACACAGAAAGCCUCCCCUUGAUAAGUGAGUGCUCAUCUCCAGUAGAUGUAGAUCUUGAUUAGACAGAAUUGCACGUACUCUCAGUAGCCUAGAUACAUAUGCGGGUUGUUUUACCUCAAGCUUUUGUUUCAGUAGUGAUGGGAGGCUAAGCCUUGACUUUUUUUGGAUGUAACUGAAUGGGGUAAUCCAUUGGACUUGACCAGUUUUAUAAAUUGGUUUUAUUGAACAUAUAGGGACUAAAGAGUAUAUAAGAGACAGGAUAUAAAGGUUAAUGUAGGCCUGGGCAAGGCUUCCCCCUUGCUAGAUAGUGCCACUUAUUGGGUUACUUUUUUUCUGUUUAUCACCACUGACCCCAGUCUUUCUCUAAUAAGUUAUUUUCCAUCUAUGUGUGUAAGAGUGUGUGUGUGCACGCAUGUGUGUACAUGCACAUGCAUCAUGCAUAUCUUAGGUAGCAAGCAGAUACCAUGCCUUUCUGCUUUGUACUGUACUACUACUGCUAGCUAAUAACCAGCAAAAUGUAGAAAAUGAAGUUCAACACAAAAAAACUGUUUGUAGACAACUUGGAGGAAAAAGUGCCUGCCCCUGGCUUAGUGGGGCAGAGAAUUGAUUAUUUCAUCAAUUUGCCUUUUCUGAAGGCCAACUGCUUCUAGUCCAGGGCUGCCUCGGCAGCAAGGGGCGAGUCAAGGCAUUGCGCAUGCGGUGCUCUGCCUGUGGAGCUGGCCUGGCUCAGAUACUCCCCUGUGACUGGCCAGUGGGGCAGUGGAGCUCCGGAGGCCGGUUCACAGCGCCCAGAGGUCUCUCCCUGUUAACAAAUUGUGUACUGUUGAUGGACUGUAAUCCACUGGGGACUGUGCUCUCCACACCUACUCCAUUUCCAUCAUGGGAAUUUGAUUUGGUACUCAUUCUGCAAGUUCCCAACAUACUGACUUUGCAUCUGUUUCUGCUCGUCAAGGCAGAACCAUAGCAGAGGUGUGUGGCAAAGGUACAAAUGGAAGGCAGCUCAGACUAUAGAAAAGGGCAGGUUUUCAGCCCUUUCUUGGGCCUGAGGACCAAGGUUUUGAUUUAUGGUCGAAGACAUUUUUGAAAAGCAGCCAGCUGCAUAGGCUUCCCUGUGCACCACUUCCUGCGUGCAGAGAGAAGGAAGGAAAAGGAGCCAUGUAAAAUAGAUGCAUUCAAUUCAUCUUACCAUGAUAGCUCCCACCUAACUCACUCAACUGUUUAAUAAUAUAGGGUAUGCACAUGCAGAGGCGAAAUGAAGAAAUUUUCACUCACAAAUGGGUAUUUAAAACACGCUAAGUUAACCUCCAGAGAGAAGUGCCUGUAAUCUCUGUUCCUGUUGUCACUUUAAAGCUUUUGCUUCUUGACUCUGUAGCUGUUUCAGAUUUUUUUUUGCAGCAAACGUGAUUAACAGACGUUUACAAAGCAACACUGUAUUUUAUGCAUCAUUUUAAAUGUUGAGUAACAUCUAUUGUUAAAGCAACAACAAUCAACAACUUUGAAAUAAAAGCAAACAGGUUAAUAUGGCACGAUCAGCUUCUCUUAGAUGAACUAGCUCCAGCAUUUUAUGCAGUUCUUAGUAGUGUCAGGAUUACAAUAUCAAGCGAGCCACUGAACCAGUGGCAAAUGUGUAUGUGUAUUUGUUAUUUUUUUCAUUUGUUUGUUAAGCAGCCAUUUUAUUCUUGCACUGUAAUGAACUGAAGGGAAAUUAAAAUAAUGCUUUCCCCCCAUAUUGCUAUUCAACUACCUCUAUAAGCUUGAUUUCUUUUUAGAGUUUCCCUUCCUCUAAAUCUGUACAAAAACCAUUUCAGCACAUCUAUGUUGUAAUAACAAUGUGAUAAUAGACAAUCUCUGUGAAAGUUGUUUGUUCAUUAAAAAAAUGUUUCCUGAUGUCUCA